AUGCGGAUGAUAAUUUUCCGGAAGGAAGGCUGUUCAAAUCCGCCACACAAUCCUUAUAUGAAAACUGCCUUUGAUAGCAAUUUCAAAACUCAUACAAUAUGUGAAUCGUGGAAUUCCGGUAAUCAACCGGAUGAUUUACUUUGGACAGAACCGGCGGAUCGUUUGUUACGAAUCAUUGGUAAUGGCGUUGUCAAGGAUGGAUAUAAUAUGUUUAUGACACCAAGUCAAGCUGAAGGUAAAACAACGGUGGUAUCGGUCGCUAUAUACAUUGAGUCUAUGUCAUCGUUCAGAACACAAACAAUGGAUUUCGAAGUUGAUAUGUACCUUGCUCUGGGCUGGUAUGAUCGUCGUUUAGCUCAUAACUGUACACAUCCAGUACUUGUCACACAUAAAUUCAUUGUUGAUCGUUUGUGGCAGCCUGACCUUUACUUUGUUAAUUCCAAAUUUGCCUACCUCCAAGAAGUGACAACGCCAAAUUUCAUGGUCAUCGUUUAUCCUGAUGGUUUAAUUUUCAAAUCUAUGAGAUUGGAUGUGACAUUAUCUUGUAUGAUGGAUUUACAACGUUUCCCCAUGGAUAAACAGGAAUGCCCACUUAUUAUCCAAAGCUAUGCUUACGUAGAGAAUUUAGUAAAUCUAACAUGGCAUGAAGAUCCACCGUAUUUUCCAUUCGGAAGUAAUAGCGAAAUUAAAACAAACGAUAUGGUUAUCACGAAUACAAGAUUUGAGAAGUGCCUAACACCGUAUCAAAUGUUUCGCGGUUUUGGUAAUUGGUCAUGUAUUCGAGGAUUCAUAAUCAUGAAGCGAUUAAUGUUAUUUCAUGUAAUACAAACAUAUUUUCCAUCAGCAAUGCUUGUUUCCAUCUCAUGGAUGAGCUUUUGGCUUGACCCACGUGCUUCACCAGCUCGUGUGACACUGACCAUUACUACAUUACUCACACUGACCACAAUGAGUAAUGGUGCAAGACAAGAUUUGCCACAGGUUAGCUAUAUCAAAGCAUUGGAUAUUUGGUUGACAUUCUCACAGGCAUUGAUAUUUCUUGUAUUGUUGGAGUAUUCAUUUGUCAGCUAUUAUUUAACUAAGCGUGACUAUAAUUGCAUACAUCGUCGUGUUUUUGGUACCACUGAACUUUAUCCUGAAAUGGAAAAAAAGAAAUUAGGUGCGCAAAAUCCAUCAUUGACCAGCACAAGGAGAUAUUCCAUAGACAAUGGUCACACAAAUAUAACAAAUGCAUAUUCAUUGACCGCUGGACUAACACGAUGUUUACGUAACACAGCAACAUUAGUUGCUAAAACAUACAAUGAACAUGAUAAAAUUUUCAAUAAUCUCGACAUUUCAAAGCCAUGUCAAAAAUGUACGGCAUCGAAUGAAUUUGUUGCACGACAAAUUGAUCAUUAUAGUCGAGUCAUAUUUCCAUCAGUAUUUUUACUCUUCUCCACCUGUUAUUGGUUAUACUACAGUUGGUACACUAACGAAGAUUAA